AUGGCAGAAAGCCAAGCCAAGUUCGCCAUAUAUCCCAGCCUUGUCGACCGCACAGUUGUCAUCACAGGCGGCGCGCAGGGAAUUGGAGCUCAGAUGGUCGAAUUAUUUUGCUUGCAAGGCUCCCAAGUCAUCUUCCUAGAUGUGGUGGAUGACCGUGCAGCGGCCGUGGUCCAAAGGAUGCUCGAGUUGAAAGUCAAGCACAAGCCCGUCUACCACCACUGCGAUGUCAUCAAGAUCGACGAAGAGCUCAAGCCCACGGCGGCCAAGAUCCUGGCAGAGUUUCCCAAGAUUGACGGACUGGUCAACAGUGCCGCGAGGGCCAUGAUGAAGCCGACAAUGGACAUCACGACGCAGUGGUGGGACGAGAGCGUCGCGGUGAACCUGCGGCACCAGUUCUUCUUGACGCAGGCCCUGAUGCCGGGACUGCUUCUUGCUUCGGGCCAUGCGUCCAUCAUCAACUUUGGAAGCAUCAACUGGGCCGUGCCGGGAUUGGGCCAGGUGCCUUAUACGACGAGCAAGGCCGCGGUGGUGGGAUUGACGCGGACGCUGGCGCAUGAGUUUGGGCCGCAGGGCAUCAGGAUUAACAGCAUUAUGCCGGGGUCGAUUGCAACGGAGAGGGAGAUUAAGGAGGUUUUGACGCCGGAGUAUAAGGAGAAUCUUUUCAAGAGUCAGGCUAUUCAGAGAUUGAUUCAGCCGGUGGAAGUGGCGAGAUUGGCGCUGUGGUUGAUUGCGGAUGAUAGUGCGGCGGUGGUGAGCCAGAGUAUCAGAAUCGAUGCUGGGUGGACAUGA